AUGGCAGCCACAGAGGCCGAAGAGCCAGAUACUAUCGGGCCUGUUGAUAAUUCAAGGGCCUCAAAUCAUCCCGCUAACGAACAGGUCGCGCGUUUUUUGGCCAGCGUGGAGAAUGGCGAGGACAACCGCAGUUUCACAGUGGAAGAAGAGAGGCGCGUCUUGCGUCGCAUCGAUCUCCGCGUGUUACCCCUCCUGCUAGGCGCGUACUUUUUCCAACAGCUUGACAAGUCUGCGCUCUCUUACACCUCGAUCUUCGGUCUGUCCGAGGACGCCCAUCUCGUUGGUCACCAGUACUCGUGGCUCGGAUCCAUUUUAUAUCUAUCACAACUGGUGUUCCAGCCACUCGCGGCAUUUUUGCUCGUCAAAGCGCCCACGGGAAAGGUGAUUUCGAUAGCCAUAUUCUUGUGGGGAAGUACAUUGGCGAUUAUGUCUGCGUGCACUGAUUUCAAGAGCCUAUUGGGAAUGCGCUUUGCGCUCGGGGCUUUCGAGUCGAUGAUUGCUCCCUCUUGUAUAGCUGCCACCCAGAUGUGGUGGCGUCGAGGCGAACAGACCUUACGCGCGGCUAUGUGGAAUGGAAUGAAUGGCUUGACAUUUAUUGUCGGUAGUCUUUUCACCUAUGGACUCGGUCACAUCCACAGCAAGACGCUGUUUUCGUAUCAGAUAAUCUUCUUGUUCUGCGGUCUAUUGACUGUGUGCUACUCUUUCAUUGUCUUGGCGUUCAUGCCCGACUCACCCAUGGAGGCAAAAUGUCUCAGCGACCGUGAGAAAUUCAUUGCUGUUGAACGUCUGCGGGCUAAUCAGAUGGGUAUCGUGUCUCGGGAGUGGCGCUGGGAUCAUGUAUGGGAGACGCUUUAUGACCCAAAGACCUGGAGCUGGUUCCUCCUGGUCGUUUCCAUAUCAAUACCCAGUGGCGGCCUCGGCACUUUUGGAAAUCUCAUCUUGGAGUCUUUCGGUUAUACUAACUUCCAGUCAAUUCUUUUCAACCUGCCAUUUGGUGUCAUCCAAAUCAUUGCUAUAGUUGGUGGUGGCUGGAUUGCUACUCGUUUCAGAAGCAAAGGACUAGUCAUUGUGAUAGUCGCUACGCUUGCAUCGAUUGGCACUAUUUUAAUGCUCGUCAUCCCGCGCAGCAAUAAGGGUGUUCUCCUCUUUGGCUACUAUUUGGUCUCAACCAUGGCGGCCAUCACACCAAUGAUCUAUGCAUGGGAAUCUCAGAAUACAGCUGGUGACACGAAACGAAAAUGCACAUCAGCUGUUGUACUUGUCGGCAUGUGCACCGGAAAUGUCAUUGGCCCGCAACUCUUCUCGACCUCCCAAGCCCCCACCUACCGUCCCGGCCUGAUUGCAAGCUUAAUAAUGUUUGUUCUUGUAGCUUUACUCACAAUCUUGACUGAGCUCUACUUGAUCGCGCUUAACAGGAGGCAUGCUAAGAAGAGAGAGGAACUUGGAAAAUGCGCAAAUGCCGUCGAUGAAUCGAUGCUUACGAAGGAUAAAAUGGAGACUGGCAAAGCUCUUGAGCUUGAGAAUGUCACCGAUAUUCCAAACAGGAACGUUGCAGACAAGGGCUUCGCGGAUACAACAGAUCUCCGGAAUGAGGACUUUAUUUAUGUCUACUAG